AGCGUCAGUCAACCUUUCGUGGUCUUUCGAACCAUAUCGUGGUAGACAUAUCGUGGUAGAUAUAAUAAUUGUAAUAAAGCGUGUGUGAAUAUUACAUUCCUUCAACAUUGCGCAUAUUGCUAAAGCAUUUAUUUGUUGCAGUUAAUUUAGAAAAAAAUAUAAUUUUACUUAAAUAUAAUUUUUCCAAUAUAAUUUUCCAAUUAGGCUACUGCUCCGAAAUAUUGGUUGGGUAGGUGCUCCGCAUUUCCAGAUAAUAGGCGACCGACCAUUUUUUCAAAAAUUGUCAUGUUUGCAUCUACAUGAUGUACGGUUAAGGGCAACCUUUAACAUUUCUAUAAGAUGUGAUAGUUGCGCGGCAUUGUCAAAUAUGCCAUUGCAAAAUACGAAAUUAGAUAUGCACAAUAUGUUAUGGAUACAUAACGAAACCACACCUGUCAUGUGGACUGAUCAUGCAACAAUAAUUGUGUCUAAUUGCCUAUUCCAUAUUGAUAACGAAAUCAUUAAAAUGUGGACCAGAAUUGAUGCUGUAUUGGACAUGGAAUUUUCAAAUAAUGUAGCUACAAAUAUCACGUUAUUCUUUAACAAUAAAUGAAACAUUCAAACAAUAUUUCGAUGGUGUCUCAUGUUGCAAUUCCAAAUUUCCAUGACAAAGGCACAAUAGUUUUUGGACUUGUUUUCUAUAGGGAAACAGAUAUCAUCUACGAUAUAAAUUUAUAUUUUAUUGCUCACAAAAUCGAAGUAGCUCAAUUAGUAGGACGUAAAGUGACACAACAAUGGUUUAAUAACAUGAUGAACAAUCCGUCAGUGUCUGAUUUUUGGUUUAAAAAAGGUCUUACUACAUUGCUUGCAACGUAUGCUGUUAAUAAGGUGUAUCCAGUUUAUCGAAUAAUAAAUUUAUUUGUUGUUCAAAAUCAACAUUACUCUUUUAAUUUAGAUGGUGAUUAUCAUAUGUGGCCUUCUACUUCACAAGAGAACAGUUUAUUGAAAAUUCGCCAAUCAAUCAGAGCGCCUUUUAUACUGCGCAUGAUGGAUCACGCCUUCACUAAAAAAAUAUUUUGGAAAGGAAUUCGCUCAUAAAUAAAUAGCACGAAAGAAUAAAUAACAUAUUAUA